ACGCUACUCGGUAACUUACUCAACGCAAUCUACGUUAACGGUAUGACGAGGUCACUCGUUUGUUUAGCUGUCUUUGCCACGCUGCUUGUUACGGUAAUCGUUGAUCAAUUAUACUUACAAUUAUUCUAAUUUUCAAAUUGAUUCCUAUGGCUAACGUCCUAUGGUUUUUUUUUUAUCUUUUUUUCAUCGAGGAGUAUUUUCUUCAGGUAUUCACUUCGCCGCCGAAUAUCGGUAGGGGAAAUUUCAGCUAUGAUCCAAAAUCUAUACCGCAAAAUGAGAGCCUCCUCAAACUUUUUAUCCGUCUCGCGCUACAAACGAGAAAUCGAUUAAUCAGGCUCAAAUUGAAAGAAGAUUAUCAGGAUUCCGCGAACGAUGACCAUGUCCGAGAACUGCCAGCUUUAUACUCGUCACCUGAGUCCGAGGAAUUUGAAUCCAAUUUAAUUACGAACCACACAUUGGGUCGUGAAAACGGAAUCGAGAACGGAGUUAUGGAGGAGUCUACUAACGAUAAGCUCACUUCAAACCGCACAAAUGAAACUAAUCGUGAAUCAAUGCAUCACGACAACGAGAAAAAUAAUUACGCGGAGUCCGGGGUACUGCGCUCUGUUCGUCUAGGCCCUACAAUUUCUGAACCUAGCGAAUCGGCGAGUAAUAGUAAAAAUCUGGAGAACGGAGGUAUAGAAAUAGAAAAUCGGAGUUUGUUUAACAUAAAAAAUACCAAUUAUAUCACGCACUACGCAGAUCAAUCCUCGAAUAUUGGCCGAGGUGAUACAAUGCUUCGCACGACAGAAUUGGGUCGAUUUGUAAGACUUCCUACGAACCAGAAUUCAGGAUCUGAAAUAGCGGGAAGUCUGCAGAAUAAUGUGUUCACUAAUUACCUGAAUGGGAAGUUGUUUGAAAGGAAUAAUGGACUCCCUGGACACAUCGUAUCGGAAUCAUCGUCGAUUGACUCGUUGAAAAGACAUAACGUCGAUCUACUCAGCACCAAAGACCAAUCUGGAAGUCUGGCCGGAAAUCCCCACAGCAAAACCUUCGGUGAAGCAGCUAACUGGCAAUCAGGAAUUCAAGGUUUGGGCUAUCAAAGCAAUCAGCUCUCCUCACUCCGACAAUCUGCAGACUCACAUCCCAAGCAUGGUUUUACUGAAGAGGUACUCCAAGCUCAGGGAUCCGACAUGAUGAAUCUUCGACAGCAUCAGGAGUCGAUGAAUAAAUUGAAAGGUCAAAAAAUACUCACUUUGGCAGCUGCGGAGCAGACUGGAGUCGAUCUGAGUCAAGCCCUAGGCAUCGGAUUUUCCGCAUCUAAUUCGGACGAUCAUGGCAGCACAGUUACCUUGUCCGAAAGAGCCGAUUCUAGAGGUGAAGAUCUCAUCAAACUGAAAGCCAGUAAUGCGAUGUCCGGUGGUCUUCGAAUCUGGAAUACCGAAUUGAACGGAAAAAUAAGUCUCGGUGGUGGCGCACGAGUUUUCAGCUGAAUUAAAUCAGAAAUUCAGCAGUGGAAGUCGAUAGAGAUCCAUAGAAGUUGAUUACUGUGUACAAUAUACGAUAAUGCAAUAGAUGUUAAUGACGAUGCAAUAAAUUAUAUUUCUAAUUUGUUCA